CCCGGUUCCCCCGUCCAUAUGUAUCUGUUCGAUUUGGCAAUAUGGCGUCGAAGAAGAGUCCACGCGGAAAACCAAAGUCUGGUCGAUUUUGGAAAUGUGAAGGAACUAAAAAAUCAAAUAUGAUAAACGUUCCAUCGCUUCACUCAACAUGGAUGAGAAAGGUGAACAAAAAGUUGGAGGAGAAAAACGUCAAAAAUCUGGAAAAUAAAUUAAAAGAGGCUGCCAAACUACAGAGAGAGGCAAGAAAGAAGUUAUUGGAAGAAAGAAGACAAAGACGACAGGAAAAUGAAAAGAAAUCUCAAGUUGUUCAAGUGAUAACCAACUCAAGCAAGUUAAAACGAAUGAAAAAGAAACAGCUAAGACAAGUGGAAAAAAGAUGACGGAAUUCUGGAGUCUCAUUUCUAUAAAAUUUCAAGACAAAUGUAGAAGUAUGUUCAUUGUUAAUGAAAUGUGUUCACUGUGUUUAUCAUAAACAUUAUUUCUGACAAGAUUCAUACAAACCACCUCAAUAGGUUUGUUAUUGACCUAAGAAAAACAUUUCAAAGGAUAUGCAAUUGAGGGACAUUAGAUGUAAACUUUUUAAACAAUGUGAAAAAUGUUAUUUGGCAUUUUGGACUUUAUCCAAAAGAACUGAGACUAUAGAAGAUAAAAAUUGUGUUUUUCAAUUUAA